UAAAAAUUAAUUUUAAAGAUCCACAGACUCUUGGGAAGUUUGAGGAAAAAAUGUUACGAAUAUUCUGGGAAAAUCAAUGAUUUGUUGAGACACGAUGAGCGCUAACAGCCAGCGAAAUCAUUCACAAAAUUAUCUAGUGAAGACUGCAAGUUCGAACGUUCAGUUUAACCCAAAAAAUUUUAGGACAAAGCUUUAUUCAGAAUACAAGCGAUAUUGCGGACUGGAGGAAUUUACUGCUCCAAAAACUCCCGACAUGGAUAGGCCCGAUAAAAAAUUGCGGAGCAUAUCGAAAGGAAAUUGCAGAGUUGAAGAAGAGAGUGAACUCAUAGGAAUGCUGUCUAAACAACUGUAUCUCGCUGGCAAUCAAAUGCAGAGAAUGCAGACGGUGCUGAAAAAAGCUGAAGAGAGAUUAAAAUCAAAGGAGCUGGAGAUUGGUCGUUUGAAGCGCAAAGUGAGAGAGUGGGAGGUGAAAAAUCGAAAUCAGGAGUCACAUUACAAGCGAGAAAUGCAAAAACGUCAGUCGCAAAUUGACAACGUGGAAAGUAUCCAAAAACGUUGUAUGAAAUUUGAAGCAAAAGCCUGUGAAAUGGAGAAAUUUCUGGCGGAUUAUGGGCUUAUCUGGGUGGGGGAGAAGUUAUCAAAAUGUGGCUCCAAGACAACCCAAGAAGCCUCCAACGAUUUCAUAAUGAGCAAUUAUACCCAGUUGAUGGACAACAUUAAAGAGUUGAAUUUUUCGGUCGGAAAGGAUGAGAUGCAGGUGCAUCAUAAUCACGGCUUAGCGUCAUUUAAAUCGCCGUCCUGCAUGUCUUUGAAAUUCUAUAGAAACGGAAUGAUCGUACAGAAAGGUCGCUUACGUCCAUACACCGAUCCUCAGACGCGAUCGUUUAUCCAAGAUAUCCUAGACGGUUAUUUUCCAGGCGAACUCCAGCGUGAUUACCCCAAUGGCGUACCAUUCAAGGUAGAGGAUCACAGAACGGAAAUGUAUCUCGGUGAAGGUGGUGUUUACCCAGGUCAUGGCUAUCAGCUUGGCAAAGUUUCCCAAAUUCGUUCAUCGGGCUCGUGCAAAGUCAAGGAUCAUGAUUGUUCACCCAAGAGAGUGCAAACACCAAAACCGAGGAUUAACUCUAGCUCUAGUAUCUCGAGAAUGUCCUUCAGCGCUAGGUCUAGUAAUGACGAAGCCAUUAUCAGAGCUCUGAAAAUACCCUCGAGUGCUAGAUUUGCUGAAUCUGAUUUAUCCGAACUACGGUCUCAAAUUAUGGCAUCGCACAAUCACAACUGUUCUAACAGUCAUCUCCAGUCUCACAUAAAUGCUGAACUCGCACUGACGAGUAGAUCCGAGAAAAAAGCUCCAUCAAUUCCUUACACUAACGAGUGUCAUCUGCCCAUUCGUGAGCAGUCGAAAUAUUUAAACAAAAUAUCGGAGACUAGGAAGAACCUUAAAUUCAACGUCUAUCGUUCGGCCUUCAAUAUCUCAUCCAGUGUAAAAACUGAUGUUCGAACUCGCGCGAGAUCAGCCGGUGCCACAGGCAGCGGAUGUCGGACAAGACCUGUCUCCACCCUGGGCAUUCGCGAUCACCCUGUUGUACUAAAUAAAAGUGUUGAGAAAUCGGGGAGAAAAAGUGGAAUUAGUCAAGUCCGAGGAUCGAAAUCUGCUGUUAUUGAAAAGCCCAAAAGUGGGUUUCCAACUUUGCGGGAAAUAAAUUCACCAACAGGAGAAAUUGAUGAGCUCCAAUUGAAAGUGAGAUCGUUGAACGGUGGAACAGUUUAUCUGGUGCACAUAUCGGCGAAUGAUAGUGUCUCUCGGCUUUACCAACUGUUGGAUAAAGUGGUAUUGUCGACUAAGAAGCGAACAAAGACGGGGUAUAAAAUUGUUGUCAGUGGAUAUUCCCCCAGGAGGCUCGAUCAUCCAGGAGUCUCUCUCAGGGAUUAUGGAAUAUCCCGGAACUGUGUUCUUCAUCUAGUAAAUGAUUAAUCCGGUGAAUUGCGCACAGUAAUGACAAUAAAUGAGAAAAAAAUUGGCGAUGGAUUUUAUCCUGUUUUAAUUAUCGCGUGUAAUUUAGAAGUUUGUUAAAGAUUAAUUUCGAAUAUUUUUCUGUCCGAAUCGAAAUUUCAAGUCAUUUGAAUUUUUAAAAAUUUAUGUAGGUGAUCGAUUUAUGUCCCCACUAUCUAUCAACAUUCACGAAUAUUCCAAUUUCCAUUUAUGGAGAUGAAGGGUUGACCGGAAAAACGGGUGUUAUUUAUCUACCGGGAGAUAUUUAUUAAUUGCCGGUCAGCACAUAAAUAAACUUUCUCUCCAAAUGAAUCUAAUGAAUCGAUUGUCUGGGGGUUUUGAUAGGAUCCCAGGAGGCUUGAUCAUACGGAAGUCUGUCAGAUAUUACGGAAUAUACCGGAACUAUGUUCAUCUGGUUGAUAAUUAACCACGCAAAUUACGGCGCAGUAAAGUCAAUAAUAAAAAAUUAGAAGAUCGUAAAAGUGAUCGAUUACAUAGAUUUUUAUUCAGAAGCAGAACGGGACUAAAUCCACACGAGGAUUUCUCCGUUUUAUUUUAUUUGAAGGAGUCUAACCAUUAAUUGUUUAAAUAAUUUCCUUUAGGGAGUGCACAGAGCGUUUAAAAACAAACCGACAUUUUUAAUAUUCGAGUUAUAAGUAGAUCUAUUGCACCGCAAUUCGCUAACGAGUAUAUCACAAUUAGACGGAGGCUUUCCCUUUAAAAAGCCUAAUAGUCUCGUUUUGCAUGAGAAUUUUAAUCAAGUCUGCAAACACUAGUGGUCAUUUCAGGUACUGGGGGAGAGACAAAAGGUACGAAGAAUGGGGGAGGUAAAAUAUGAUAGGAGAAAUAAAAAUUGUUGAAAAAUACGAGACAGGGAGAAAAUAUAUGUGGGCACCUCUCUUUAAACGGCAUUGAUGAACGAUUGUUCUAUACAAUUUUUAUUCCCCUUUUGUUCUGUCUUUUAUGCACUGGAAUGCCCACUCAAUUUCUAAACCAUCGUAUUCGAUUAUUGACGAUUUUGUUAAAUGAUCCAGGGAGCUGAAACUCGAUGAAUUCCUUUUGAUUUUAUCGGGGAAAACCAUCGAAAUUGGCGCUUCGAAAUCGAGUGAGUGAUAUCGAUUUUCCUGUGGUUUUCGUUAACAAUUUCAAGUAGAAAUUUAACGAAUUUAAGUUGAAUAAAUUUAAUGAAGCCCACGAUAAAAAAUUAAAUAACAGUUGUCAAUCACGUGAGUGAUCUAAAUCAUUAUUGAUUCAUCAAAAAGUGAUUCGUAAAGACCAAUUUAUUGGAAACAGUUGAAAAAUAUAAUAAAAAAAUGGAGAGUAUUGUCAAAGUAAACAAGUUGGUGAUUAAACAGAACUUUUACCAUUUCUCAUGACAAGACAGCGCAAAAUGAUCGAUGGGCUGUCAUCAGAAUGACAGGUACGAAGUGAUGAUCUUUCAUUCUCAUCCCCAGGAGGUGAAACUUAGGAAACUGAUGACAACAAAUCCUAGAAAAAAAAAACCCGAGACAUAUCCCAGCAUCGUUUAUUCCUCUGGGAGGAUCGCAAACCAUUUUAUCCACUUUCCGUUAAUUCUAUGGUACCGCUGUCUUCGUCUCGUUCCCUCUCCCGCCCCACUUUCAGUGCGUAAAACCGAGAGAAAAAUGACGGGACGACACACAAAUUGUAUGAAGCGAUAUAGUGCAUAUUACCCAUGUGGGUUGAGCGUAAAGCUGCUUGAUCGAUGUUCUGAUGAUUUAUUUCGACACUGACAAAGUACUCAUGGAAAUGGUUUUCCACUAUUUUUAUUUUCAUUUCUCUCUUUUCUUUUUUUUUUACUUUUAUUUUUAUCCAACAUUCCUCACGGUACAAUUGUAUGUAAUAAAAAAAACAGUCUGUGUUGUCCCGCGGUGUUGUGUACAAGUGGAUCCAUUUCUGAUUGUGCCCAUGUGUAUAUCAGAAUGAAGAGUGAGGGAUGAAUAAAAGAUAAAAACAAAAUUGAUGGUCAGCUGAUCGGUGUGCGUACGGUACGCUCAGAGAUGUUUUUCCAGUUAUUGAAUUUUUUGAAUCGUUAACCCAAAUUGAUUGCCCAGAGGGUUUUGCAAUGGUUCGUGAAUUCGCGCAUUCCAAAAUUUAUACUGAAUUUAUUCAGUUUUUUAUUUUCGUAAGGAGUACUGAGGUUUGUGGAAAAUCAUUUUUCAAUUUUGGAAUUCUAAACUUAUGGGUUUCAAAGGCACAUCGUUAUAGUUAGUUUGGAAAUUAUGAGGGGGUGGGGCAAAAGUUGAAGUUGUGAAAUUGUCAGUGCUUCGUGUCUGCGUAAUGAUAAUUUUCAACUUCAGCCCCUAACAAAUUAGCGCUCAACUUAAAUUGUUAUUUGCGCACGUUUCUCUGUAUUUUAUGAGGGAUUUUCUGGGUCUGUAGUAGUCGAGAUGAGGACGUACUCGAGAUCGAACUACUCGAAACAGGAAUUUAUGGUGUGCUACAGCAUCCUUGAAAUAUCAAUCAUUACGAAAUAUGCAA